GCGAAGCACAGGCAGCUGUUUGAGAGGAAUGGUGAGAUAAAUUGUGAUCGAAGAAUUGAUUGAGUAAUGGCAGGGGUUGCCGUUGAAAAUCCACUUUUGGAUAAAAUUUCAAGUUUCAUGAAUGACAACAGCUACACUGAGCUCGUGAACAGCACAGCCAAGUUUAAUGUGCGGAUACGGCGAGACAGACGCUACAGGCAGCCCUACAUUGACGGUCAAACAGGUGUUGCCCAGCGGGACUGUCACUUAUUUGUGAGUGUGCGGCAGCGACAGCCAGGGCAGCAGCAGGGACAGAUCUUCUCGUACCCGCAGAGAAGAUGGAAGGCACCGCACAGAUCUUAUCUCAGAGCUUUUGUACAGCCAACACCAAUAGUGCGUGACCCAGAAGAGCAUAUCAUCACUGCAGUGGAGAACCCCGCUGCCAUCGCUGCUGCCACGAGUGCCACUCAGGCAGUAGCUGCUGCUCAGGUGGCACUUGGUGGCACCGCUGGUCCUCCUGUAGUGGCCGCCGUGAGCAACACCAACGGCAGCCUUGAACCUGAACUCCUGCAGGAGAAGGACCCGUGGACGUACUACGAGGACACGGGCUUCGAGGAGCUGGAGGAGGACAUCGAGACCGACGACAACGACGACGACGAGACUUAUGACAGGAAGGGCAGGAAGAGGAAGACGCCCGCCAAGAAGAGCAAAAAGUCCUCUAAGAAGAAGAGUCAGCCCAAGACGCCGGGGGGCAAGUCUGGCGGCAGCAAGAAGGCGAGGGCGCCGCCCCCGCCCGUCGAGGACAACGACGACCCUGAGAGCAAACCUUACCACUGCGAACUUUGCGGCAUGCGCUACAAGACUCGGCCCGGCCUGACCUAUCACUACGCGCACUCCCAUAAAGAGCACAAGAUGGAAAUACCGCCAAAGAACAGAUCCUCUUCCUCUAACGCCUCCAGCAAGAGCUCUUCCACCACCACUUCACCCCCACCUCCACCACCACCACCUACAGGCACCCCGCCUGUCGGGGCUGGGGGAGCGGGUGUUCCACCGUCGGCUGGGGUGCCCAAUAUCGCUCAUCCCUACGGGGCACCUGGGGGAGCUGUGCCGUCAUCCCAAUACCCGCCGCUCAUGGGUAUGCCGCCCUAUGCUCCACCCCACCACCUGCCACCACAUUUCCCCACGGCGUCAUCACCAGCACCGGGGGCUCUUCACCACCCUUUCCGCAACACACCUGCUGAUGGUCCUGAUGCUGCAGGCCGCCAUGUCCGCAAGUCUGGGGGCUCCAGCAAGUCCUCAUCGGGUGAGGGCAAGGCUAACGGCGCCCCCAGCAGCGGUCCCCCAGGACCUGAUGGAGGCUCGGACCUUCCUCCGGGGGAAGGCAAGAAGAAGGCCUCAGCUUCCCCUUACUGUGACUUCUGCCUGGGCGACAGCUCCAUGAACAAGAAGACCUUGUCGCCUGAAGGCCUCGUGUCCUGUGCAGACUGUGGCAGAUCUGGUCACCCCACGUGCCUGCAGUUCACCACCAAUAUGAUGAAGAGCGUCUCCAACUACCGCUGGCAGUGCAUUGAGUGCAAGACCUGCACCCUCUGCGGCACCUCUGAGAACGACGACCAGCUGCUGUUCUGCGACGACUGUGACCGCGGCUACCACCUCUACUGCCUCGCCCCGCCCCUCGCUGAGCCUCCUGAGGGCGAGUGGAGCUGCUCCCUCUGCAUCAAGCACUUCCACUCCAAGUGAGCUCCAAGUGAGCUCUACUCCCACACGCCGCGCUCUAAGUGAGCUCCAUGCCUCCUGCUCUCAUCACUUCACCAUCGCAAUGUGAUUGUACCUCUCCUGCUCCACCUCCUACUUACUUAGCGGCAUAUCCUCAGUGUGCGUUCUCUGUGUUAUUUUAUUUCAGCUCUUCUUACCCCAAACAUCGAUCGAUUAAACUCUUACCUCCAAGAAUAAAUACUGAAUACAAUUGAUAUUCGUUUGAUAUUGCAUACAAGACGACAGUGUAGCUUGAAAGUAUUGAACAGGAGGAGACAAGAUAUGACUAUAAUAUGAGAGCAUAUGACAUUUGUGCUCUUAUGUGUUGUGCAAGGCAGGCGGCGUGUGGAUGCGUCCGUUUUAAAUUUUCUUUCAAUAAAAAAUGUAAUGCGUCCGUUUCCUUUGUAAUUAACUUUACUGGAGUGACGGUCGGAAAAAAAGCUUGUAACGGUCGACGUGUUUGGAAAAUGUUUGGUUUUGCUCAUCAUUUUUGAAUUUCACCUUCAUUCUCCUCUCAGAAUGUUUAGUUUGAAAAUUUGAUCUGAACUGUGAGGGAUGUUGUAGUCUAUAGCUCGUGCUCAUCUAUCCGAAGGAAAGAUACUUUGUACUUUGAUUACUUUGUACUUUAAUUACAUUUGUAGUUCAAUUACAUUUCUCUUCUGAUAACAUUUGUACUUUAGUUACAUUUCUACUUUGAUUACAUUUGCACUUUGUGUUUUGAUUUUCUUGCGCUCGUUGCUAGCGCAUGGAAGUUAUUACGUCAAUCCGUCACUAAUCAAAGCUCACUUAGUCGUAAAUUUUCCACCAAACUUUCUUAAUCUCAUGAAGCGCAAUAUUUCGUGGCAGCUUUUUUCUGCCAUCUAAAUCUAGUCGCGGAUUCUUCAAUUGUUCUCAGUUCUUUUGAUCUCAUUUCUAAUAUGUUUUAUUCCGGCAGCUGCUUGAAUUUGUACACAGUUUCCUCUAUUCCCGCCGCUGGCUUUCUUGUUUUUGUUGUAAAAUGCGGCAGCUUUAAUGCAAGGCCUGAUGUUUAUUUUGUGCGACUUCUGGUUCAGUUGCGAACUUAUUAUUUUACUUGCCAUGACAUGACGCAGUGAGUGCAGUGUUUGCAGUGUAACAUCUGCCAUUUGUUGUGUUGAAAUGACGCAGUGAGUGCAGUGUUUGCAGUGUAACUUCUGCCAUUUGCUGUGUUGAAAUGACGCAGUGAGUGCAGUGUUUGCAGUGUAACAUCUGCCAUUUGCUGUGUUGAAAUGACGCAGUGAGUGCUGUGUUUGCUGUGUAAACUCUGCCAUUUGCUGUGUUGAAAUGACGCAGUGAGUGCAGUGUUAACAGUUUAAACUGCCAUUUUCGUUCGUAUGUCCACCGUCGCACACACAUACUUGGGUACAUUCAUCCUACUGUAAUCAUUUGUUGCUACUCAGUUGCCUUCUCUUCUCACGUCGGCCAGUGUUCCAGCAUUCUGCAGUGUAUAUUUCUUUACUAUAUAUUUUAAGGUGUUUUUGAGCGUACAUAUGGUACUAACUACGCACAAUUUUGCGUUCAAAUGAAUUUCUUAUUUCGUUGUUUCUCGUGUAAUUUCUGAGAGGCUGUGUUUUUUCUUGUAUAUUUUGUUUGCAUUUCUUUGGCAAAUAAAAAAAAGUUCCCUUUUCCCUCCACGGCGAUAAUCACGAGAACGCGCGUCGGUGUGAUUUUUCCGGACAGUCAUUGUGCCUGAAUUUAUAUCACGACUUUAUCUCAGGUUAAAGAUUUGUACACGUGUUGCCGUGGUAUUUUUUAGUUACUUGGUGAGCAUUUGUUUACUGGCCGCCAUAUUUGGCAAGCCAUUUGGCUUGCCGUGUGGGCCCGUGUUACAUAAUUAGAGAGAUAAUAUCUCUCUAAUUAAUAAUAUCUCUCAUAAUUAGAGAGGCGCUCUUCCGUUUUGCCUAAUUUAAAAACACAUUUCAUGGCUAAAAUGUGAAUUUUGAAGAAACAAAAUCGUGUAGAUUCAUUCCUUUCCAAAGUGUUGAAAAUCGAAUAAAUCUUGCAACUAAAAUAUUCGUACGGUUUUUGUAAAGGAGAGUUUAGAGUAUUUCUCUAGAGUGGAUAAUCACAUCGAUUUUAUCUUAAUUAAGUAUUUCUUCCAUUUUCGAAUUCACUCAUGUUUCGGAAAAAACCUAAUUUGGUAUUUAAUCAAUUGAUAUGUCAUGAAAGCGACAUAGCGAAGUAUACAGAAUUAGAUUCCUUCUUAAUAUCCGUAUUGAAGGUACGAAUUAAGUUAUUCUCUUCGUAUAGUGUACCUCUUAAAACAUUACAUUACACAAAAAACAUUAAAACAGCUUUAGUCUUACAAAGUAUUAUUAUCUAUAGCGUCAACGUCAAUUAUUUUCGUCCAUGACACGAGUAUUAUUAAUUUAAAUGCACCUGUACAAUGACUUGUGGUAUUCUCAGUGAAUUAAACUUCCUAUUUUUAUUGCAUUGUGAGAGCUAACUAGCAGUGUAAUAUUUUCUCACUCUAUAUUCGCUAUUGAAAUUAAUUCUUUAGGGCUUUAAAAGCGAGAAUUUGUGUGCGGUAUAUGUAAUCUUUGCUGCAAGUUAUAUCUACAAGCCAAUAAAUUGUGCUGUGGUAAAGCCCAAUUUUUUGGUCUUACAUGACAAUUUUUUUUUUGUCUUAUAUGACGACUGAAAAAAAAACUUCACCACGUUUCAUCCGCAAUUAAGAGACAUACCACAGCAAUCGAGCGAGCAUAUUUCUUGAAUAUCGAAUAUAGCAUUAAAUUCGAUUUUAAUAUUCGAAUUUAAUAUUAGAAUUCGAAUUCGAUACAUAUACAUCAUAAAUGAUCAUCCUGUUAUAUGCGACCGAGACAGCAGACCAGAGGAAACACGAAGGGAUUUUCUCGGGUGAAUCCACUCCGUUAUUUAAAAUUGAUGUAUGCGUGAAUCUCAGUUCAGUAUUGAGUAGAAUGAUCGUUCGAGACAAGCAAGCAUCCUGCUAUUGUCGAUCGAUCUUCUAUCAGAUUAUAAAGGGAAGUCAAGUGUAAAUAAAUGCAUAACAUGUAAACGGAUCUAAGAUGUUGAAUUGAGGGGAGCUUCAAAUUGUAGUUCACUUGGAUUUAUUCAACGUCUCGUGAUGAUACAGAUGUUGUAGGUUAGAUAAUGUGUGAUGGCAUCAAGAAUUGCGUAAUGAGAUCAACAAUUAUGUUAUAGGAUUCAUUAGCAUUAAGGGCAUCUAUACAAGAAUUGCGUAAUGAGAUCAACAAUUAUGUUAUAGGAUUCAUUAGCAUUAAGGGCAUCUAUACAAGAAUUGCGUUAUGAGAU